AUGGGGGUAAUCGCGGUCAGCAGAUACUUUUGUGUAGUGAAGCCAGAAAAGUACAUCACAUUAUUCACCAGGAAAAGAAUCUUCCUUUACGUAUCUUUCGUGUGGUUUUUGGCUCUUUUCGCCACUGUACCUCCACUGUUCUUUAAAGAAGGUGGAUACCAGUUUCAGCCGGGAAAGGCAAUGUGCUUAUACUCCUUCGAAGUUAGCAUUGGUUACACGGUUUUUCUUGGAUGCGUAUACCUUGGCACACCAUUAACCCUGAUUACAAUCUGCUAUGCUAAAGUGUUUUACACCGUUUCGCGAUCAAAUCGUGUUUUUUCGCGAGUGAAUGACUCUCAGCAGCUGAGAGCCAACGUGGAAGAAGCAAAAGUGACAAAAACUUUAGCAGCAGUCAUGGCUGGGUUCUUGUUUUGCUGGCUUCCAAUCUCCGUAAUUGAUUACAUAGACCUUGCGAGGGGAAAACCCAGUUUUCCUCGUCGGUUAUACUUAGUAUACGGGUUCUUGAUUUAUUUGAGCAGUACCAUUAACCCGUUUAUAUACGGUGCCACGAACAGGCUCUUCAGGCGAGAGUACAAGGCUAUUUUGGAAGCAAUUUUAAGCAAACUUCCCGCUGUCUCUUCAGACUUGUUUAGACGCUCAAAGCCAAGUCAAAGCCAAAAUACCCAAUCUUCUCACGACCAAAAAAAUGAAAACAUGGAAAUUGAAACUCUCUCAUAA